GAAAUGAAAAUAUUGUUUGUGAAAGAAGGCUUUCGGCUAUAAUGUUGUGUCUUUUGUUUUGUUUUUUGUCCUUUAAAGGCAUAAUAAAAAAGUUCAUCGCUUUUGGUUUUCACACUGAUAAGUUUAAUAAUAACAAUCCCACUCUACUCUCUCUGUGUCUCACUAUCACUCUUUUGCUUCAACGCUAUCUGCGGCUCCAAACACUCUCCGGCAAUGGCCAAGCCUCACGGUGGUGGUCGUCGCCGCCCUUCAAACCGUACCAAUCUAGCUUCUUGCGCCGUCGCCACCGUCUUCUUGCUCUUCUUACUCGCCGUCCUCCUUAUCGUUUACUUCACCGUCUUCAAACCAAAAGACCCCAAGAUCUCCGUUAACGCCGUCCAACUCCCGUCAUUCGCCGUCUCCAACAACACCGCUAACUUCACCUUCUCUCAGUACGUCGCCGUUAGAAACCCCAACCGCGCCGUUUUCUCUCAUUACGACAGCUCCAUUCAGCUCCUCUAUUCGGGUAACCAAGUCGGUUUCAUGUUUAUACCCGCCGGUAAAAUUGACUCCGGAAGGACUCAAUACAUGGCCGCCACUUUCACCGUCCAAUCUUUCCCCAUUUCCCCUCCUCCUCCCUCCUCCGCCUUAGCCACCGUCUCCGCCGCCGUGAUUCCAGAUUCUCCGGCGAUGCCUGGUCCUCCAGAUUUCACCGUAACUCCGGGCUCUCCGAAAAUACCAGAUUCGCCGGAUUUUCCAGGAGAUCCAGAAACGCCGGAUUUUCCUGGGAACCCGGGAACGCCGAGUUUUCCAAGAAAUCCAGGUUCUCCAGAUUUUCCCGGAAACUCGGGAUCACCGAUUUUGCCGAGAAACCCAGGUUCGCCGGAAUUUUCAGGAAACGGAAAUCCUCCGAGAAUUCCAGGCUCUCCGGUUUUUCAAGGGAACCCUGGGUCGCGAAGUAUGGGUCCACCGGGUUUUCCAGGAAUCGGAGCUCCACCGGGUUUUCCAGGGACCGGAGCUCCACCGGGUUUUCCAGGGACCGGAGCCCCGCCGGGAUUCAGCGGAGGGACGGGGCCAACACUCGGGGAUGGAUAUGCAAAUCCGGGUUUCGGGUAUGCAAGUCGGGUCGGGCCAACGAUGGAGAUAGAGUCGAAGAUGGAGUUAGUGGGUCGGGUCAAAGUGUUGCAUGUGUUUACGCAUCACGUGGUUGCUAAAUCGGAUUGUCGGGUCACCGUCUCUAUAACCGAUGGUUCCGUCUUGGGCUUCCAUUGCUAAUUUCCCCCUAUUAUUAUUUUUCUCUUCUCCAUUAGUUUUCAUCCUUUUUUCACUAAUUUUGUUUUUAGCUCGUUUUAAGUUUGAGGAAAUUAAUUAGAAAAUGUAAAAAUUUAUCGUUUCCCCUAAGCAUGUUCAUAAUUGCCUUUUACUGUGUUUGAUUAUUUUGAACCAAAAAAGAGAGAGGCAUGUUCCUUGAAAUGAGCCCAAAAAGCAUGAGAAUAUGGAUGAACUUUUUCUUUUCUUUUUUUCCUUGUUAAUGUUUGGAGUGGGGGA